UUGUUUACAUGUUGCUAGACAUGGCGAUUUAGUAGAUUUCAGAAUUUUCUUCAAUUAUAGCUCCUUCUUUUCGGAAAAUACAAACCAUGCAGACUUAUUGAUAAUCUUAAAGAAUAAUGAGUAUCAAGUUUAUUGUUUUCUGACUAUGGGUUGUGGGGCUUCAGCAACAGCAGCUAUACCUCCUCAAAAUACAUUCGGAAUCAAGAGAGACUUCAAAGUUAUAGGCGUUCAAACUGACCCGAUAAAGUUUGCAGACUCAAAAACUACUGAAUCCCAUGGUGGAGCUCAGAUUAUAACAAUUCCUGCUGGAUUGAGUCAUCAUGGUGUAGCCUAUGGGGCUGGUGGAGGCUCCAUUUUGAAAACACCAGAAGACGCUUGGUUUGCCGUUUGUGAAGAUAUGGAAUACAAAGGCCAAAAGCUUCCUUUGAAAGAUCUUGUUGUUAAACGUUCUGGAUGGAAGACUGUGCGGGUAUUUGUCUCAUCAACCUUCAAGGAUUUUCAUCAUGAGAGAGAGAUUCUAGUCAAAGAGAUUUUCCCUGACCUUCGGGUUUGGUGUCAAAAAAGAAGAAUCCACUUGGUUGAAUGUGAUCUUAGAUGGGGUAUACCAAAAGAUUCGACCUCAGAGUUGACCCUCAGAACAUGUCUCGGUGAAAUUGACAGAUGUUAUGCCGAUAACGUGAAGCCAUUCUUCUUGAAUAUGACAAGUGAGAGGAUCGGAUGGAUCCCGCUGCCCGGAGAGAUUCCACAGAACCUUGUUGAUGAGUACCAGUGGGUGUUUGGUCUGUCGGUAACAGAAAUGGAGAUAGUCCACGGAGCUUACCGGAAAGACAAUCCAAACUCCAUAUUCAUGCUCAGAGAUGACACUUUCUUGGAGACAGUCCCGGCCAAACAUCGUAAUGUGUUCAUGGACGAGAACCCAAUUGCUGCUGAAAAGAUUUCUGUACUUAGGAACAUGCUUGAGUCGCGCUUCCCGCCGAAUCGCCUUGUCAGAUAUGGCUGCAUGUAUCAGGGAUUCAGUGCAAACAAGAUCCAGUUGACUUUGGACACGAACUUCAGAAACAGGAUCUUUGAGUUCUUCAAGGAACGUAUAUCAAUCCAGUAUCCUCUGGAUGAAGGGACAGCCAACGAUCCGUACUUUAUUUCCAAGGAAGCCCACGAUUCGUUCAUGAAACAAAGAUGCCAAAAUGUCUUUGGUAGAACAGAGAUACUAGAGAAGAUCUCUGAUUACAUAGAUGCACCAGACACAGAUGUGCCAAUGUUAAUACUGGGUGGUCCAGGGACUGGGAAGUCCAGCAUCAUGGCCAAAGUAGCAGAUGACACAGUUGACAGAGCUCUUAAGAAUAGGAUACCAGGUGGUGGUAAAACUGGCUGGCAUGUGUUUUACCAUUUUGUUGGAGCUGUGCCUGGUUCCACAGAUCUCGAGAUGCUUUUGAAGAGAAUGAUGAAGGAAAUUGAUGUCCUCAACGAAGCCAACAUGCCAACUGACCUUGAGGCUACAGCACAGUUCUGUUGCAGUAUCCUGGCAAACACCAACACCAAACCUGUUGUCAUACUCAUAGAUGCCCUCAAUCAGCUGGAUGAAAAUCCUAUUGCUCAGGUCAUGACCUGGUUGCCACGGAAACUGGCUCCAAAUGUACGCAUCAUUAUGAGCAUGAUAAACGAAACACCCCAACAUGUCAAUCUCAAAGCAAGGGAAAGCAAGGCAAAGGAAAUUUAUGCACCACCCCUCGAUCUGAAAACUCGGAAGGAAAUUGUGACAGAGUACCUUGGAAUGUAUAACAAGCGUCUCGACCUUGAUCAGAUGAUUGGUUUCCUUGGGAAGGAAUCGUCAGCAAACCCUCUCUGGCUCUCCAUUGCUUGUGAGGAGCUGAGGAUGCAUGGUGACUACAAGGGCAUCCUGGACAAAAUCAACAGCUUUCCUGAUGAUCUACUGGACUUACUCAGUCAAGUUCUCAGUCGCCUCGAGAAUGAACAAGGGGGAAAACUCAUCACCGCUACAUUAUGCCUCCUCGAAGUCUCAACAAAAGGUCUCUUGGAGGGGGAGUUACUAUAUCUGCUAGACGGUAUUGAAAACAUCAUGAACACCCGCAUGAAUGGCCAAAAUGGUCAAAAAGAAAAAGGAGAAAAGGAGUCAUCCGAGAAGGAGAAGAAUCCAUUCGAUGAGCAGUUACCAGCGUUCAAGUGGGCAUCAGUUUAUCGCCAUCUUUGCCAGUUUUUACGCCCAUAUGGCGACAGUGGUGAAGGACGGUUGGAUUUCUAUCAUAGGACUCUUAGCAAGGCUGUCAGAAGAAAGUACUUCAAAAUGACCACGAAUAACCCUGACGGUGAUGUGGACAUCUAUAACCUCUGGGCCAGAAUCCUUGCUGAUUUCUUCAAAUAUUCCGACGACUGGGACAGAAAGGUGGAAGAAUAUCCUAACCUUCUGCUGCGUCUGAAAGACGAGGAUACGCUGGUGGAAUUCCUCUCAAAGUGGGAGGUCAUGGACAGGCUUUAUAAAAAGGACUUCAGCACCACCCUGUUCUUCUAUUGGAGAAAGAUCGGUGGAGGCAAGAGGAUGGAAGAGUGUUACAUGGCGAAGCUGAAGAACAUGGAAAAUGAUCCUGAUGUAACCAAGGAGCAGUUACUGAUGAGGAUGGAGAAAGUUGCAACAAUCUUGCAACAAGAAGGCCAGUAUGACGGCUGCAAAGAACUUGCAUUGAAGUGUGAAAAGAUGAUUGAGGAGGAUCCGGAAUUUGAAGGAAAGAUUGAGGUGCAUGUAGAGAUCUACUACCUGCUCACUAAGCUCUGGGAUUCUAUUGUCAAAUUGAAUGAGUUCAUGACGCGGAGCCAGAUACCGGAGGAGAAACGGUGUCUGGAGUAUAACAAGAAGACAAUAGACUUGAGGAGGCAGCUUCCUGGGAAGCAUCACAAGUUCCUGUUGGGGAAGCAUUUGAUUCAGCUUGGCUUUACAUCUUCAUCAUUUGCAUUGUGUGGUGGUGACGCAAGCAAGAGCCCUGCCAUAGCCAGGCAGGAAGGGAAAGAUGCCAUCAGUGAAGCAAAGGAAAUAUUCACUGAGCUGUCUGAACGGGGGAUGGUGGCAGAGUGCCUCAUGACUGAAGCCAUACUGCAAGGCACUCCCAACUCAGAGCAAAGAAGGUUGUAUGAAGAGGCAAUGGCAUUGAGCAAGGAAGUUUACGGGGAGUACAGCGUACUAACUGGACGCCUCUACAUCAAUACGGGUAUCUACUGGGAAGAAACAGGAAACUACAACAAGGCAUAUGAAUUCUUUUCAAACAACUACAGAGUUAUGCGAGAAGUGUUUGGGGAUGACCACAUCAAGACGUCCCGAGCAAAGCACAUUUUACAGGAGCCAGCGUAUCGACGGAUGGCGCUAGAAAGAGGAGAUGAUGUUCCUGACGCGUAACACAAAGCCGUGUUGCAGGUAACUUCAGUGUAGAACUUAUUUCUUUGUGUCAUUUGAAACUGAUUACGACGCUAGCUUUCAGAAUUCUGCAUCCUGAUUGACUUCUCGAGCCAUACAUGUAUGCAUGUAUUUAGUCACUUUUGAGAAUUACACAAUUCAAUAGGUUUGGAGUCGAGGUGUCCGUUCUGGAUAUAGGUUUGAAAUGCCUAUGCUGUUCAAUUCAUGCUCAUAUAUCUUGAGGCUCACGUGAUAGAAAUGAUACUAUAUUGAUAUUAUCUUAGAACAAGAUCUGUAUUUAUACAUUUUAAGAAAUUGUUUGUAUUAUAGAUGUGAUUUACAUGCACAACAAGAAAUUUCUGUACCAAAUAUUAUGUCUUUCAUAACGAUACUCUUUUUAUAACUUUUUCUUUAGUUUUCACUCUUUUUCCAUGUUAUUCUCCAUCCAGUUAUACUUUUUAUUGCCAAAAUCAGGAAUAAAAUAGUUUAAGUAUUAAGUAUAUAUUUUAUGUUUUGAAUGAUAAUUGUUAAGACAUAGAAGCAGGAAAUUCAGUUAUCCGUCCGAUGAUGAUCUUCUGUUUUGAAAGGUUCUUAUCCCUUUUUGGGGAAGCACUUUGCAGUCUCUUGAUGUUUAUUUAUAUUUAUAUUCUGUACAUAUGUAAAUAUGUGUGUAAAUAAUCGCCAAAGUUUACCUUUUUUGUUUUUAAACCAAAGACAAGUCACUGGUCAUGAAAUAGGCUAUGUGACAUAAUUUUGUUUUUUUGGGUCAAAUUCUGAGAUAUAUGUGUGUAUAAAUAUGCCCAGUAUUCAACUUUCAAGUGUAAUAAGAUGUGUUGUUCAAUUUAUACAUAUGUCUUUACAAAUAGUUCAUGCUCAAACAGAAUUCCCAUAGUGUGGUGAGACUGUAUUUUCAUAUACCGUAUUUUCCGGAUUAUCCCCCGCACUGCCCUAUGACCCGCACCCCCUUUGACCAUUACCUAAAGCCACGCAAGACCCGCACCUGAUUAUGACCCGCACUGCUCCAAGACCCGCAUUCUCCAAAAAUAGUAAGCCAUUCAUUGAUGUUGACAUCCUAGAACCGCCAUGUUUUUUUUAAUUGUUAACCAAAGUGGAUCAAUUCCAGCAUGGCCGUAACUACUUUCCCUAGCGGAGACAUCACAAACUAUGCGAUCAUGGCGGAAAUAUUGGUUGAAAACAAUGCGAAAACGAUGGACAUAAAUCCUUAUCAAGUAACCAGUUUGGUCCCCUUUUUUUCUUUGGGGUUGGGGCUUAUCCCUCUCAGAAUCCACGCAAGACCCGCACCUUUGUAUUACCCGCACCCCCACUUUUUGGGCCUGUUUGAGGGCAAAAAGCCGCGGGUCAUACGCCGGAAAAUACGGUAUGUAUUUUUUUUAUUGUUCAAAUACUUUCCACGCGAACAUAAUCAUUUACAGAUCAUUUACACUGUCAUCGUGAAUGUAAAUUGUGUUAUUCAUUUCUUGCCAGUCUUGAUAUACCAAUCUGUUGAAGAAAAACCAUGCGUUUAAUAAUUGCCCUUGAUGCAUGCUAGGUUAAUUGAGCAGGCACAGUGUUCACCUGUAUAAGCUGCCUUCUAAAUAACCAUAGUCACAUUAGUUACCUCUGUUAGUUUUGAAAAUUUACUGUUAGAAUAGAUCAGUACAUCCAGGUGACUUACCAAGAGGGUUUAUUAAUUGUAUGGUCUUCAACAUAAUAAUCUGUGAUAUAUUUUCCGUUUUGUAUCCAAUCUAUAAUAGAUGUCUGAAUCAGGGAUGCAAAUAAAUCAAAGAGACAGUACUUAGCA